CUUCCUGUUAAAAUACGAACUAUGCAGCGCCGCGGUUGUCAUUCACUGUAACGUGCCUAUUAGUAAGACAGAGUCAUGUUUACCCCACCAAAGGAGGGGAUGCCCAGCAUGAUCGACAGGGCGUUGAGGAUGAGGAGAGAGGAGCAGGCUCGACAGGUGGUCCUGGCCUGGGCAGUACUCAACGUGUCUCUGGCCGGAAUGAUUUAUACUGAAAUGUCAGGGAAAUUGCUGAGCAGAUACUACAACAUCACAUACUGGCCUAUCUGGUACAUUGAACUGGCACUAGCCUCUCUUUUCAGCCUCAAUGCUCUUUUUGACUUCUGGAAGUAUUUUAAAUACACCAUGGCUCCCUCCACCAUUGCUGUGUCCCCUGAGCAACAUCGACUUCUGGGUCUAACAAACACCAAUAUUCAGGCCUCUCCACCCAACAAGCCAGAGAAAAAGGAGACCCCAGCUCCCACCCAGUCAUCUCCAUUGCAAGGCCAGAGCGUCCUGAGCUUCAGCCCAUCUCGGCCAGCAGCAGCCAGCCCCAAAUUCUCCCCGAGCUGUGUACCUGGGUACAGUCCUCCUUUAAGCAACCCAGCCACCCCGAGUAGUGCAGGCAGCCCCUUUUCCCCCACAGUGGCUUUUGGAAAGGUAUUGAACUACAGCCCGUCCUCUGGCUCCUCUCCCUAUCAGAACACGAUGGGGUCAGCAGAAGGCUCCAGCCUCAGAGCUCGGUACCGCACCUCCCCCUCAGUGUUCAAUUCACCAGGAAGCAAAGAGGAUUACAUGGAAGAUCUGAAAAGUCUGGAGCGGUUUUUACGUUCGGAGGAGGAGAAGAACCACCGCAGCCAGCUAGGGAGUCCAGAGUCGGUGUCUCCAAACCACAGUCCAACGUUUUGGAACUACAACCGCUCAGUGGGAGACUACGCCCAAACCUUGCGGAAGUUCUUGUACCAGCCUGCAUGCCGCUCUCAGGCACCGUCUGCCCACAAGGAUGAAACAGACCUGGGCUCCAAACAGGCUGCUGAGGAGGUAUGGGCCAGAAUCACCACCAGCCGUGCUGCAGUGGAUUGCAUCGACAGCUGGACAGCCAAACUCAGGAAUUGGAUCAGUGACACCAUCUUGGUCCCCUUGGUGAAGGAGAUAGACUCGGUCAACAGCCAGCUGAGGAGGAUGGGCUGUCCAGAGCUUCAGAUAGGAGAGGCCAGCAUCAGCAGCCUGAAGCAGGCAGCAGUAAUGAAAGCCUCCUCUAUUCCCACCAUGAACUCUAUCGUCCAAUACCUGGACAUCACACCAAACCAGGAGUACCUCGUGGACCGGAUAAAGGAGCUGGCUCACAGUGGCUGCAUGAGCUCCUUUCGCUGGAACGGUGGAGGCGACGUGAAGAACAGGAAGUGGGAUACAGACCUGCCGACCGACUGUGCCAUCCUGAUGCACGUGUUUUGCACAUACUUGGACUCCAGGCUUCCCCCACACCCAAAGUACCCAGAUGGGAAAACCUUUACUUCGCAGCACUUCAGGCACACUCCGGACAAACCUGAUGUGACCAAGGAGAACCUCUUCUGCAUUCACCAAAGCAGCACCACUCCCCCUCACUACCAGCUUAUAUACCAGGGACACAUCUAUAGCCUUCCCAAGGGCAGGAACAAUUUGUUCCACACGGUCCUCAUGUUCCUCUACGUCAUUAAGACCAAAGAGUCGGGGAUGCUGGGGAGGGUGAAUCUUGGCCUCUCUGGUGUGAACAUCCUUUGGAUAUUUGAAGACUGAUGCUUCCUCUUUAAAACGCCCGAGAGUGAAUGUUUUUUUUCCCCCCUUUUUAACAGUGUUGUGAAAGUGUACUGAUUGGAAUAACACGUGGACGUUAGGACUGCUCUUUCAGGGGGCAUAUUGUGAGGGAAAGCUCUUCAUUUUCAAUUUUACAACAGUUGCACAGUUUUGGACAUACUCUCGGUUUUGAUGCACAAAUUGUCAACAUCAUGUAUUUUCACCUGCAUUUUACAGGCACGCUUCUUUAUGAAGCGCCUUAUUAUACGAUUAAAGCAGACCGUGUUUGUUUGAGAAUUUUCUAGUUUGUAAAUGAUAUACCUCGGCUUUAUCUGACAGAAAGCAAAGGGCUCAGAGCCAUCAGGUUGAAUGUAAAUACAGCAUGUGUUGACUCACUUGUAUCAGCAGCUGUUUUACAAACGAUUGCCUGCAAUAAGGAUAUACCUGGCAUGUGCACGAAUUAUGCGAAUACAAAACAGAUUGCAGGAAUACUGAAUAAGGUAUUGAAGCAUUUUUUGUACUACAAACCACAAUGCCAUGCAUAGCGUUGUUCAGUAGCGAAUGAUGGCGAACAAGGAAAGGGCCUUUCUAUCACAGAUGCCUGUCUUUGUUUUUUGUGAGUGAACAAUUUCAUGUCAGUUGUCUUGUAUACUUAUUUGUGCCAUCCGUUGCUGUUUGGAUAUUUUUACGUUCAUUUUUUUCUCCUUGUUUUUAAAUAGUUCAAUUUGAGAAAUGUCUCAAGAGAAUUAAAAAAUUUAAUUCAGAUUUUACAAAGAAAUGACUGAAGUUGGUUCAUUCUUCCCCACCUUUGAAUGUUAUAGAAAGUCCACUCGGUGGCAGUAUUGUUCACUUGAAGCGAUUUGACCUUACUCCUGUACCC